AUGACGACAGAAACGCCAACGCUGGGACACGACUGGACCAAGACUGGCACAAUAUUGGUGGGACUUACCCACGAUGAUUUCUUUCUGGGACACGGCGAUAGCAUCGAAACUUUGUGCAAACUUUAUUACAUCGGAAAGUCAACCGUCUAUGGUAUUUUAAGCGAUGUUUGCCAAGAUAUUUGGGACAUACUUUCUCCUGUAUAUCUUCCGGAAAAAAGUGUUGAUGAUUGGAAAGAAAUUGCGAUCGAUUAUGAGAAAAAGUGUAAUUUUCCUCAUUGCUUAGGAUCAAUAGAUGGUAAACACAUCAGAAUUACCAAGCCUCCAAAUUCAGGAAGUGCCUUUUUCAAUUACAAAAAGUACUACAGUUUCGUACUCAUGGCCAUAUGUGAUGCCCAUUAUCGCUUUACGUGGAUUGAUGUUGGCGAUUAUGGCUCCUUGAACGAUGCCAGUGUUUUUGGUGCUACUGGAUUGGCACAAGAAUUAGAAGAGAAAAGGCUUCCUCUUCCUGAACCUGAAUGUUUGCCAGGGACCCAAUCAUCAAUUCCAUACUUUCUGAUUGGAGAUGAGGCAUUUAAAUUACGUCCUUGCAUGAUGCGUCCAUACCCGAGAAGAUUGGUCACAACAUCUAGAGAAGAACUGUUUAAUUAUUGGUAAACUUGUUUAUAUGUGGACGUCUACAUGAAAAGGGCCCAUAUUGUCGGUUCUAGUUUUCAAGAUAAUCGCAAUUGGGGCAAAAUCUUUUUUUUUAU